UGUAAAAAAUGCCCAUGGCUGAGGCCUGACCCAACCCAGCUGUGAGGUUUGGGAUAAGACAAGUCUCCUGACAAGGCCAAGGGCGAUGGGUGGAGAGAACCAUUUGGAGUGGCUGUUCUGUUACCCAAGUGUCUGAGUCUUCCAACUCCACAGAUCCUGAGCCUCAGCCCUCAUGGGGCCCUGAGCCUUUUCCAGGCGUCUGACACAGUCCACCUGCGGAACUGGAUCUUUCUCUGGUGGGUUCUCAGGGAAGACCACUGCUUUACUGGUGACCGUGACCUGCCUGACCAUCACAGCACCAUGCCCACCUGGUCAACAUCGCCAAGCGGUGAUGCAGUGUUUAGUGUGUGCUGCUCCGUCCGCCUGCCGCAGCUCUUCUGCACCUGCGUGGCCUUCUCGCUUGCGGCUGACAUGGGCAUUCUGAGAGGGGCCAUAGGUAACUGGGCCAUGCCCUUCUGGUGCGUCUGUUUUGCCAUGACCUUCAUCAUCUCCACAGUCGAGUUAUGCAGGCUCGAUUCCGAAUUUCCUUUCUUCUGGUACAACAUCUCCGUCACCUACGCCUGCUAUGCUGCCCUCAUCUGCCUCUCGGCCUCCAUUAUCUACCCCAUCACCUACGUCCAGUUCCUGCCUUAUGGUCCUUACCGGGACCGGGCCAUCGCCGCCACUGCUUUCUCCUGCAUCGCGUCUGUGCAGUAUGUCACAGAAGUGGCCAGGAUGAGGGACUGGUAUGAUCUUGAGGACAUCUUCUUCUAUGAGCACACCACGCGAGCCCUGCUGAAGGUGCUGGAGACCUUCGUGGCUGGUGUCAUCUUCGCCUUCCUCAGCAACACCUCCCUGUACCUGCACCAGCCGGCCCUGGAGUGGUGUGUGGCCGUGUACUCCAUCUGCUUCAUCCUGGCAGCUGUGGUCCUCCUGCUGGACCUGGCUGAAUGGGAAUACAUGCCACCCAGGCCCUUCUCCAUUUUCCAGCUAGUGCUCAGCCUGCUCUCUGUCCUCCUCUACAUCAGUGCUGUGGUCCUCUGGCCGCUCUACCAGUUCAGCGAGGAGCUUGGCGGGCAGCCCCAGAGGCCCAGUGAUGGGGACUGCAGGGAUGAGCUUACCCACGACCUGUGCGCCUGGGACCAGCGCCUGGCUGUGGCCGUCCUGACAGCCAUCAACCUGCUGGUUUAUGUGGCCGACCUGGGGUACUGGGCACGCCAGGUUUCUGUAGGGACUGAGGACCAGCCCAGGGACUCCUGAUCUUCUGCUCACAGGAGUUAUCCUCACCGAGCUCUGACAUCCUUGAUGUCAUCUUCCUGGCUCCCCUCUCCCUCCUCACAUCCUUCGCCAUGCAUCUCACUCUCUUUUCUGUUCCCUUCCCUCCUGCUGCUCUGUCUCCUUCCUGGUUUCUUUGGUUGUUCAUUUUCUGUUUUGUCUCUUUCUCUUGCUUCUCUCAUUUUUCCUUCAUUUUCUGCUUUUUGGCCCUUUACUGAUCAUCCUUAAUUUUCUCGUCACCUGUGUCCUGACCACCUCUCCCCAUUUUCCUUCUUCUGAUCCAUCAGGACCUGAGACUUCUUCCUUCUCUGCCCACAGCCUCCUUCCACCUCCUAAGGUGCUGACUCCACAUCAUACAGCCCUCUGUGCAGCUGUUCACAUGCUGAGCCUCCGGAGGGGCCUCAUUGCCAAAGCGUGUCUGUCCCCCUGGCAGUGCCUUACUGUUGUGGUUGGGGGAGUUUACGGGGUGUGGGCGGGUAGGAAGGGAUUGGGCUUUUUUUCUCCCAGUGGAGCAACUGUAUAGUGCACCUCCCCUUUGAGUUAAAAAAAAACCUCUGAAGGUCAAUAAUCUCCAGUGGGCGAGAUUCUUGCAUGAGAUACUCUGGGUUCCUGGGCCCCACUUGGUGCUCAGUACUCCAAGAGAUUGGCUGCAGAAUUUUUGCAGGCUCACUAAACAUCCGUUGCUCAGAGGGCAUCUUAGAGGAAGCCAGGGGUAAAUGCCUUCCAUCCCAACUACUCUCUGGGGGAU